GUUUUUUUCAACAAAUCAUCCCCAUCACGUAACCACUUGAUCGAGGUGAGCAUUCGAAAUCGUAUUGAAUUUCGUAUGCGAAAAUAUUCGAAAAUACGACCCCAGUACCUGUCAUUUGAUACCUUGAUGAAGUGGUUACGUUAUGGGGAUGAUUUGCUGGAAAAAACUACUCCUUCACAUGCUGGAGCCGCGGCGACGCGGCCAAAUGGGAGGUGGCACCAUUACAUUUUUCGCAUCGCAUAAUUGCCGCGCAUAUUUCGGAACAGGGAUUUUUUGGUUACCCUCGAAAAUAAGCAAUGUUGAAAAAUUGAGCAAUAAAUAAUAGUUAUUUUUGUAUGUAGGGCGUGAAAUGCUACUUGGGUGAUCGAGAACUGAUUUUUUUAACGAGGCGCAGCCGAGUUAAAAAAAUAGUCGAGAUCACCAAAGUAUUUCGCGCACGAGUUGUAAACAAUAUUUUUUCUACAACUCCAUUCAAAUAUCCAUGAUUCAAAGCUAAAAUUGCAUUAACCAUCAAAGGCAGGUAAAUUUUAAUUAUUUUUGGUUUCCUGUCAGAUGACAGGUAUUUCUUACCUGAGUGUGCGAACUAAGCAUUUCGAACACUGGAAAAUCAUUUCGCACACGGCGUCAUGGGAACGUUAAAAAAAAAUCUAUCUGGAAAAAAAAGUGUCACUUCGCAAAUUGUCACCAGUGUGCAAACAUCAUCUUUUUUUUGACAGUUGUAGAAAAAAAAAUGUAUUGCUCUUUCGGCCAAAACUUCACUGGCACCAUGACAUUUUUCGAAAGUUUAUAUACAAAACUUCAAUAUUCUUGCAAUUUCGAGUGGUUACGCGAUCGGUCCAAAAAUUUGCAGCCGGAUCUCGGACUAUUAGUGAACUUUUCGAUUUUCCUGUCGGUACCAUUUUAUUUUUUGCAAGUAUUCUCUCCGCCACAAAACAAUUUCAUCUUUGUCAAAUAACAAACUAAUUCUCUGUCGAGUAGGUAUAGAAGAUUCCAUUAUGACUGACUUUGGCAGGAAGUCGACAAACAAAGUCACAUAACCUAUAAAUAGCAACGCCAAUGUUAUUAUUUUUUUCAAUUUUGGGCUUAAAGGACCCCGCACACUUCUUAUGGGAAUUCUGACCGCGGUCAAAUUUCACCAAAUUUUAGUAUGUUAUAGAUCUCACCUUUCUGAUCAAUAACUACCAUGGGUACAACUUAAUCCUAUGACUAGUUUUUGAGAUACAGAUAGUUUAAUGUCCAAGAAAUACACACAUUUUAUAUGCAUUUUCAUCUACCUGUCACCUGAGCGUGAGGAUACCUGUCCAUCCUGGUAUUAUUAGGUGACAGGUAAAUGUAAAUGCAUAUAAAAUGUGGGCAUUUCUUGGACAUUAAACUACCUGUAUCUCCAAAACAAGUCCUGGAUUGAGUUGUGCCCAUGGUAAAUAUUGAUUAGAAAGGUGAGAUCUUUAACAUACUGAAAUUUGGUUAAAUUUGACCGCGUUCAGAAAUCCCAUAACAAGUGUGCGGGGUCCUUUAAUAACUGUGGCAGUUUUGGGGAACGUGAUAUGUUUUAUCAAGGGGCAGUGAAGCGAACCGCGUGUGGCUAAAUUCAGCUGGUGUAGGCACUGCGGUGGAAUGGUCGAAGGAACAGUGUUGGUAAAUUGAACAGGGUUUGGCAAGCUGUGGUUUGGUAUUGGCAUUAGUGAAUCGCAAUCACCGCAUCCGUGGCGGUGCAUCAUUUUGGUGAAUUUAGCCACACGCGGAAUGUGUGUUUUGUGAUUGUAAAAGUGAUAGUCGAACGAGUUCCAUAACUUUUCUUAACUUUCCGAAGCCCAUGUCUUUGUUUUGUUUGUCGACCCAUCUAUUGACAGACGUCGCUUUUGACAGUCUCGCACAUGUGUCAUGUUGACGAUGAAAGUUUCUAUUAAAAAUUAUUCAUGCACUUUACGCCCCAUUGCGCUUUUAUCAAAGUCUCCGCGCAACUUUUUUUUUGGAUCAGAAAGUUUACAUUUCUAUUUAUAGGUACUCCUUUAUAACAUUGAUCGCGGUUUUGGAGCACACCCCUGUUUUGGCAGCAAUUCCCCUCUCAACUUUCAUGUACCAGUAUUCUCUAAGAUUUCAUGUUUAUAAAUAUUAGGAAUCAUCCCUUUAACCCUUUUCACGUAGCUCCGGUUUAACAAACCGCAACAUACCGCUCAAAUUCGAGUGCUAUCGAUCACUUCACUUUGUAACCAGGUUAGAAAACGGUAUGUCAUACUUGACAUACCGCUACCAACCGUUUUGUAACCCGGUUAGUUUAAACCGGACCACGUGAAAAGGACUUUUAUAUGAAUUUACAUCUACCCGUUUACUAAUUAUACCAGGAUGGACAGGUUUCCUCACGCUCAGGUGACAGGACUGACAGGUAGAUGUAAAUGCAUAUAAAAUAUGUAGGUAUAGUGAAAUAAAUAAAAUAAUGGUUGCAGGUCAUCAAUGACGUCGAAAUUAUUGCCAAUUUAGCCCAGGACCAAUAAACAAAUUUUUCCUCGAGAAAGGAAAUAAUUUUUAACAAGCUCCAAUCUUUUUUACAGGUAGUUGAAACCAUCCUUAUUAACAUACUAAAAGUCUCACAGUCUCUCAUUCCGGGAACCCUGAAAAAUCUUGGCCGCCAUCUUGGUUUUUUUCAGUUAUUUGUAAAUAACUCGUUAACAGUGAAUUUUUUUUGGAAAAUAUUUGGAAUACUUUUUAUAGAAAAUUAAAAAAACACACAUUUUAGUUUUUUAAUUGUUUCGAUAGCGUAAAUUAUUAAAAAGGUUAUGGCAAUAAAACUUGGAUCGAAAAUUUUUAUUUCUCAGAUUUUUCAAUUAAAAUCACUAAUAAUGCUUUUUUAACCCUUGCAAACAAAAUUCUGAGCUGUUCUACAAAUAAUGUUUAUGCCCAAUUUGAGUCAAUUCUGAUGUGAAGAUUUUUUUUCUCUUCCAAAACUGUUUUUAUAAUUGAUGAAGGAUUGUUCCUAUACAUUAGUCUGGCAAAAACCUGCAACCUACCAUGAAAUAUGUCUUCAAUGUGUUAAUUUUGCACUGCAUUGUCAUACACAAAAAUGUUUUAUUGUUUUUGAUGGUUAUGACAGUGACAUUAUAUCUACAAAAGACGCUAUACAACAAUUUAGAUCUCAGGAAAGUGUAGAAGUGUCAGUAACUCCAGAUUCAAUUGUUGCCAUUUCCCAAGCAGACUUUUUAAAAAACAACAAAAAAUAAGUUUCAUUAGCAUCUUAAAGGGAUAUUUACUGAAGGCAGGAUUCGUAGUUCAGCAAGUCCAAAGAGAUGCUGAUGUUGAUAUAGUUCUAAAAGCAGUUAGGUACUCAGGGUAAUACCAUUACAGUUGUUUCUGAAGAUACCGAUGUCGCUAUUUUAUUGUUGCACCAUACCAAAACUACAAACAUUUAUUUGAUGAGACCUGGAAAAGGGGCCAAGGCAGAUAAAGUAACGCAAAUAAGUACAUUACAGCAAUAGUUAGGUCAUAACAUAAAAUCUUCAAUUUUAUAUGAAAUGUCAGGCUGCGACACUACCUCUUUUCUUCUCAAGAAGUCAAAGAAGCAGUUAUUGUCUGUAUUUAAUAAAGAUGAUUUGCUCUGUCAUAAAGCUUACUUAUUCCAAGAUCAAGAUGCAUUGAAACAUGAUCUAUUUGAAAUUGGCUUUGAAUACAUUUUGAAAUGGUAUGGAGCUAAGAAAGUGCAGAAAUUGAAUGACUGCCGGUAUAUUAUGUAUACUAAAGUAAUAAGCAGGCAAAAACCUGGUGCAAAUUUUGACUUAGCUGUACUACCACCUACCGAAAAAGCAGCUAGAGAGCAUAUUUUGAGGGUGUACUUUCAGGUGCAAGAAUGGUUAGGCCGAAAUAUGAAUUCCACCAAUUGCGGAUGGAAAAACGAAAAAGAGAAGUCGUACCCUGUUAAAACAACAGGUGAUGUAGCCCCCAACGACAUCUUAAAGCAGAUAUUUUGCAAUUGCAAAACUCUUUGCGUUAGAGGAUGCUUAAAGGAUGGAGGAUAUAGAAGAAUGUACCGAAAUGUCACAUCGAAAUAUGAAAAUGAAUGUAGAUUAGAAAGAUGAGCACAUAUUGCUAAUAGGUAUCCUAAUAUUUUUAGAUAAACUGACGAUAUAAUACGUCAAGUCAGGACGGACUGUAAGACCCAAAUUUUUAUGAACACUUUUCUAUUUAUUUCACGGAACAACAAAUUUAACCAAUGCAAGGGUUGAAAAAGCAUUAUUAGUGAUUUUAAUUGAAAAAUCUGAAAAAUUAAAGUUUUCAUUCCGUUUUAUUGCCAUAACUUUUUUGUUAUUUAUCCUAUUGAAACGAUUAAAAAACCAAAAUGUGUCUUUUUUAAUUCUCCAUAAAAAAGUAUUCUACACAUUUCCCAAAAAAAAUUCACCGUUAACGAGUUAUUUACAAAUAACUGAAAAAACCAAGAUGGCAGUCAAGAUUUUUCAGGGUUCCCGGAGUGGAAGACUUUGGGACUUUUAGUAUGUUAGUAAGAUUGAUUUGAACUAUCUGUAAAAAAAUUCGCAGCUUGUUGAAAAUUAUUUCCGUGCAUUUGUCUAUUGGUCCUGCACUAAUUGCAGUUUGUAAGAAAUUAAAAUUCGUUUUAAACCCAGAUCAUAUAACCGAAUCUGCCGAUAAAAUGGGAUUUAGGUUGGCACUCGUGGGUAAUGCUGCCAAAUGUUGCCUUCUGCAAAUAUUCGGUUAUUGAUUUUAUUAAUUUGAGGUUUGCUGUCAGUUUUUAACGAGUCGGGGAUUGAUAGUUGGAAUAUAAAGUAUACUUUCUAUAAAAUUGUAUUGAUGGAAUUUCUUUUUUUUGGUAUUAGUGAUUCUUAUCAAUUUAUCAAUAAAAAUGUAAUCUGGGAAAAUGACAAACUUCACUUGAUAUGGUAUGUCAAAGUAAAACGAAGUUGAUGCGGCAACAUUGCGACACGCUAAUGUCAUAAAUUUUGAUGCUCCACAACCCUUAUUUUAUUAAUUUCCUUAUACAUUUCUUGGAAAUUAAACUACCUGUAGUUAUCUCAAAAACUAGUCAUAGGAUUAAUUUGUGCCCAUAAUUAUUUUGAGUUCUAUAUUUCAAAAGGUAUACGUAUAAAUAGUUAUUAUGUUGCCGUAGUAAUUUAUUUUUGAGUGAUUUCUUUCUCAAAAAUAAAUAGUUAUUUAUAGUGAAAUUAAUUAAACAGUGUAUGCACGUGAUCAAAAUUAAUGACAUAAGCACGUCGCAAUGUUGCCGCUAUUAACUUUCGUUUUACUUUGACAUACCAUGUCUAGUAAAAUUUGUUAUCACUAAAGCUAGUCACUUUUCGUCGUAAAUUUGAUUGCGAAUAGAGCUAACAUCAAGGUGAUCUUGAUUCGUAAUCCGCUUCUUAUGUGGACGUUUUUUCUCUGGUGAAUUUAACGCUAAAUUAUCCCUAACUUUUUGAGAGAUUUCACAAUGGAUUUUAUUCACAGAGGUUAUACCAAUAUUCAGUGCAGCUGCAACACACUAGAAAAAUAUUCCCAAUUAAAGCCCCAGAAGAUUUAUAUUUAAUAGUAUCAAUAUACUUCACCUUUCUAACGCUAUUUAAUGGCAAAAAGGGGCCCCCAUUAUCUCGUUCCUGUUCAAAGAAAAUAAUUAGAGACGCAACGAAUUUCUGACUCUGACUAUUCAAUGACUUUGGCAUUUUAUAGAUACACAAAUAAAAAUAAUUGACCUUUUGUUUGGACGCCAUAUUGCGGUGCGCGAACGUAGUUGCCAAAAAAAGAAAACAAAAAUUACUAACGGGCUGUCAACAUUGAAAACAAAAGUAACAAAAUGAUUGAUCCUUGCUAUCCUUUUUGUUUGUUUACUUACUCUCUCUGAUUGAUGAAAGACAAUGAAAGUAAAUAGGUAGAUAUUUUAUUACAUGUAGUUAGAAUAACAAUUAAGUUAUUGUUGACAUUAUUAUGUUUGAAUCACAAAUAUGUCAUUGCUGAGGUAACUAAGCAUAGAUUGUUAAAUAAAUAUAUUGUCAAAACAAAUAUAAAGAUUGCUAAAAACAUAAUGUUGUGAUGGCAACAAUAGGUUAUAUUUGGUUCAAUUGUAUAGAAUCUAGCUACCGAAACAAUACCGUAUAAGUGGGAUAGAUGUAACUGUGUGAUUCCGAUACCGAUACUAGUCAAUUACUUUAGCAAUAUCAUUACCGUAUACGACCAUGUAUUUUGUGGAAUCGGCAUAAGUUCAUGUUGCUCUAACAACACGUUUGAUUGGGAGUACCAUACAUAUCCGGGCCUCAGCCUCGGGCGCCGACGCGUGACGGCUGCAAGCAAGCUAUUCUACCCUACCACACCAAUUCAGUUCCAAAAUGGCCAGGAACCAGGAAUAGUUUCUCUCUCACGAGUGCGUUCUCUUACUUCUUAACAAUUUGGUUCUCCUUCUAAAUCCCUUCUAUAUAUUUUGUGUGUAAACGUGAAGUGAUUCUAAACCAAGAACAGUGUUGUACAGUAAGAACGGGCCAAGAAGAUGCCAUUGACGUCGUCACUGACGAAGAAGGGAAAUUUCCUUUUCUCUAGGGCCCUCUCAUUUGAAGUGAUACAAACGAUAACGCGUGUGUAUUCUAACUAUGUCGGUUUUGAAUUUAUUUGCAAAAUAAAUGUUUUAAAUAUUUUGAAAUUGUUUUUGUUGAUCUCCUGUAGGUACCUAUUUGAAAAGCACUGGUAAUUCUAACAAAAUACAUUGUUAGAAGAGCAAUAAUUGGCAUUCUUCCAACAAAUGAUAUGAUUGCAGAUAAUAUAUAAUAUGGUCAAUGGAAAUUAGUAAAUGGUAAUUAUAUCAAUACUAG